UGAUCAUAGCCUCGAAACAUGCGAGCGCGCAAUUAUACCUAUGCAAAUAUCUGCUCAAGCUGUAAUGCUCACCAGGACUUACGCGUUUACGGGUAAGAAAAAGGCUAUCUUGGUAAUAUUCAUAUUCGGCUUUGCUUUACUCGUCGCCAUCGCGGUUUGGUUCAUCGGUAUUAGGUUUGAGUUGAGAAGCAAUUUUUUUCUGUAUGUUGCAAAUACUGGCUGCUAUGGCAAUAGCCCAAAUGCAACAUAUAAUAACAAUAAACCUGCUCUGGGUACAGGCCUUGUUUUCCUAUUUACAUUUCUUUUGGACGCGUUCGCGAUUCUCCUCGUAUUAUGGUACGCCAUCAGAGCAAAAUCAUAUCAAGGGCCACUGGGUAGAGCUUUCGUACUUCAAAGUCUUUCAUAUUUUAUUAUGAUGUCGUCUCUAAAUCUUAUCACUGCAACAUUUUUUCUU